AUCAAGCAACAAAAUCUUUAGUUCCUUCAUGUUUGCGAGGUUUUGAAAAACCUCAUACGAUAGUUGCCAUGGCUGAUACCUCAGCGCAAAUUCAACAACAACAACCAAGUCGAUCAAGGGACCUCGACAAACUCCUUCUCCGACCCGGCAAUCUUGUGGGUCCCAGGUUCGAACCUGGCGCAGAGUUAAGAGAUGAUCUUCAAGAAUUCGCGAAAGUGUUGGUGGUUGGUGCUGGUGGGUUAGGUUGUGAAUUGUUGAAAGAUUUAGCUUUAUCUGGUUUUCGUAACCUUGAUGUUAUUGAUAUGGAUCGUAUUGAAGUUACUAAUCUCAAUCGCCAAUUUUUGUUUAGACUUGAGGAUGUUGGGAAACCUAAAGCUGAGGUAGCUGCUAAGCGUGUAAUGGAAAGAAUUAGUGGUGUGAAUAUUGUGCCACAUUUUUGCAGGAUUGAGGAUAAGGAGAUUGAAUUUUAUAAUGAUUUUAGUAUUAUUGCACUUGGUCUUGAUUCGAUUGAGGCACGGAGUUACAUCAAUACUGUUGCUUGUAGUUUUCUAGAGUAUGAUUCUGAUGACAAUCCACGAGAAGAGACAAUCAAACCUAUGGUGGAUGGCGGGACUGAAGGUUUCAAGGGCCAUGCCAGGGUUAUUAUGCCAGGGAUCACACCGUGCUUUGAGUGUACCAUAUGGCUUUUUCCACCUCAAGUGAAGUUUCCUUUAUGUACCCUGGCAGAAACCCCUAGAACCGCUGCCCACUGUAUUGAAUAUGCUCACUUGAUUAAAUGGGAUGAGGUUCAUCGUGGAGUGCCUUUUGACCCUGAUAACCCCGAGAAUAUGAAAUGGGUUUAUGAUGAGGCUGUCAAGAGGGCCGAGCUUUUUGGCAUUCCUGGAGUUACUUAUUCUUUUACCCAGGGUGUUGUGAAGAACAUCAUACCGGCUAUAGCUUCAACAAAUGCAAUUAUAUCAGCUGCAUGUGCGCUGGAAACAUUGAAGAUUGCAACAGAGUGCAGCAAAACUUUGUCAAACUAUUUGACGUAUAAUGGUUCAGAAGGCCUCCACACUAAAGUCACAGAAUUUGAGAGGGACAAAGACUGCCUUGUGUGUGGUCCUGGUAUACGUAUUGAACUGGACCCUUCAAUCACAUUGCAAAAGUUCAUGGAUCUUCUGGAAGAACAUCCUAAGUUGCGAUUGUCGAAAGCUAGUGUUACACAUCGAGGAAAGAAUCUGUAUAUGCAAGCUCCCCCUGUAUUGGAGGAAAUGACUCGAUCAAACCUGACUCUAUCUCUUUUUAACCUCAUGGGUAAAUUGCCCAAGGACAUUGUGCAUGUGAAUGGGAUGACAAGCAAGAAUGACCAAAAAACCUCAUGUUUGAGAAAAUUACGCGUUGUUUUCAAGGGAAUUGAUGGGGUUACAGAUAUGGAUACUGCUGGAGGAGCAUAACUUAGGAAAAUGUUCUGGCUUUAUAAGCACAGGUUAAUGUUAGAUAUCACAGCUUGUUUCCAAUAUUAGUGAGGUAAGAUUAACAAUUUCUACUAUGUAAACGUCAGUAACAUCGGAUGCUGCAAAUUUGGUUGUCCCACAGGGUGAUGAUUUUUGAUAAUUCCAUUUUGUAAUGUGCACCUAGAUUGAUGGAAGCACAUUAGACCAUGGAUUGCUGAAAUAUUUCUCACUACACGUGUUUCAUUUCGCUAUAUCAAUUAUUAUUAUUUUUUUGAAGGAGGGUUAUUAUCAAUUUAAUUUGUGCUAGAGAAAUUAGGAUAUUUGUAGAGAUUUGUAAACAAUGAAUGAUUAUGCAUAAAUCAUAUAGACAUAUGAACCAA